UUCUUUUUUCCAAAUAAAAUUUGAAAACUUUCCUGGCCUCUCAAAAAUCGGAAAUUCCAGAGGAACAGUAAAGAAACAAAAAAUCGAAAUUUUGCAGUGGAAGUGUCAGCCUUUCUCUAGAUCAUGGCCUUGAAUUUCUUCUCCGCUUCUCUUCAUCCAAUUUCGAACCCGAUAUCUUCUUCUUCUCCUUCUCCUUCUUCUUCUUCUUCUUCGUCUCGAUCCAAGCAGAAGCACCUCCUUCUGCAACCAUCUACUCCUCCAGCAACACGCGUACGUUCUGAGCGCGGCGAAAGCGGCGUCACCGACAAUAACGACGAUCCUUCUUCGUCUUAUUUCUCUGGUUCUUCUUCUUCUUCUUCCUCAUCAGCACGGACACAACUAGAUCUCCUCGAACAGCUAACUUCCACAAGCGACGGUUACUUGAGUGAUGGUGGUGGUGGUGGUGGUGGCUCGAGGGGACUCACAGUCCGUGACCAAUUGGCUGGGCUUGUUGGCGACAGAGACGACGAUUUCACCAUUCCCUUGGGGAAAAACCUCAAAAAAGUGAGUCCUAAGUUCUUAACCACUUCUCAGAAAAGGAACAUUAAGAGGCAAACCUACCUUAAUGAGGUCUCUCAGAGGAAUGAUUCUGUUUUCUUUGCUACCAUCGGUGCCUUUGUAAUCAUUCCACCUUUGUUGAUCCUAGCGAUCGCUAUUUUGACUGGCUAUGUUCAACUCUUCCCUUAAUUAAGUAUAAUAAAAAUCCAUAAUUUU